AUGGCCGUCGAGACGCCCAUGAGCCCCGAUUUGGCGGAAGCCUUGCAAAAUGCCGAGCAUACGGAGCUAUGGCAGCUGUCCCAUGAGGACCUGCUGGCGAUCACCGGGCAAGACGUGCCGCUGACGGAAGAGGCGUUGAUUUUGCAGAGCAGCGAAGGGGGCUCCAGUGCUCGCUUGAAUAAGCGUUUGAACUGGCACAUGAUGGAGCUCUCGCAGAAGGCAGCUGAAGCUGUGGAUGUGGUGGGCAAGGACAACUGGAAGCCCUCCGUGAUGGAAGGGCGGAGGCGAUCGGUGAAAGGCGCGUUGGAGGAGCCGCUCAGCGAGGUGGCAGUGUCCAAGCAUGAGAACCGGGGAAUGUGGCUCCAAAGGGUGAGACAAGUCAUUGGGAGGUUGCCCUUGUGCAUCGCCUGGGAUCUUAAUUUGACGCCCUUUCCCGAGCGGGCCACAGAGAAAGGCGCAUUGCAAGCCUUUGCCAUUUUGUCGUUGACCUUUUGGCCAGCGGAUAUUGUCCUGAACUUCUUCACUGCUUUUCAUCAAAAGGGCCACCUAAUCACAGAUCUCACGAGCAUUGCGUGGAACUAUGUGAAGACAUGGUUCCUCUUUGAUAUCACUGUGGUGCUCAUCGACUUUUCAGCCAGCUUCAUGACCCUGCUGGGCCGGGAAUCCAAUGACAUACUUCAACCCUUACGCUCGGCACGAUACCUGCGUAUCCUUCGGACCUUGAGAAUCCUGCGGAUUUUGAAGGCCGGAAAGAUCAAUGUGAUGAUGGAGAACUUGGUGAUUUCUAUGGGAAGGCAGUGGCUGAUCCUAGCCUUCACCAUGUGCAAGAUGCUGGUGACCAUUGGUAUGGUGACGCACAUUCUCUCCUGUAUCUGGUUUGGCGUGGGCAAAUAUGUCUCUGGCACCGGACAGCGCAGCUGGCUGGAUCUUGCCGGAGUCUCUGAGCUAGACCUGGGUCUGCAGUAUGUGCAUGCAGCCACCUGGAUACUCUUGCCCCCAGCACCUCCACUUAUCGAAGCUGAUAGCCGCUACGAACGCUUGGGCGCCCUGAUGUUCUUUAUCAUUACGGUCUUGGUGAUCGGUUCGGCCCUGUCCAUCUUGACGGGAACCUUGAAUCAGAUUCACCAGGUGAACAGCGAGCGGAGCAAAAAACGACGAGAACUGCGAAUCUUCCUGCAAACCCGGAAGAUUCCCACGGAACUGACCAUGCGCAUCAUGAGCUAUGCCGACUAUAAGAGUGCACGUCAUAGCCCGGUGUCCUAUGACAGUAAUAUGAUCUCUCCGAUGCUGGAAGCCGAAUUGGCCACGGUGAUGUUUGGAUCAAUUCUGAAUGAACAUCCAAUGUUCUGGUGCACCAGCAUCACUUUUCCUGGUGUUUUUGCAGAUAUGUGCCGGGCCUUAGAGAAGAAAUAUUUCUGCGAAAGCGAGUUCGUGUUUUGUCAAGGUGCUUUGGCGGAGAUGAUGUACAUCACCAGCCACGGCAGUUUCGCCCUUUUAGAAGAGAACACCACAAGGUCGGCCACACCUUUGAGUUCUUUCUUCGCUAACGAGAAACGCUAUUUCUGCGAGGUGGCAUUGUAUGUGGAAGCGGUCUUGCAUUCCUUCGCUCUCCGCACCGACAGUUUUGCGGAAGUCUUUGUUUUGACCGCCGGUCGCUUGGCACGUGUUCUGUCGAAUUCGCCCAUGUGCGCCACAAUGUACAUCGAAUACGUCACUGACUUUGUGAACCGCUACAAGAUGCCAACGAAGAGCAAUACGCUGGUGGCAGACAUGGCAGCUGAAGAUCUGCACUGUUCCAAGGCUGCGUGUGAAAACAACUCUUUCUACCUGGAGCUCAAUGUGGACACUCGAAGAGUACUCAAAUUCUUGGACCUGACCUACCUGCAGGACCGGCUCCCUGAAGCUGAAGAGGACCUGGCUGCCACCCUGAGCCUGGAAGUUCCAUCGAGCACACGGCGCCGGACCUCCGUCAGCGACUUCAUGCGGAAGCUCCACGGGGAGGUGACUGUGGCGCAGACGCAGGUCAUGCUGCGCGAAGCUUACGUGGAGUUGGAUCCACAGGAUGGUUUACAUGCCCGGUAUUCGGAAGCCAUUGAGCAGGAGCGCGCGGAAUCGGGAAUCCUUAGCCUAAUCGCCUUGGUCCGACGAGAUUACCACGGGUUCGUUGCCCCACAGGUGGCUACUGGGUCAGGCGCCCUGACACGGGCACAAUGGGAUGAACUGCAGGAGGCGUUGCGAUGGGCGGAGCCAGACGCGGAGCGCCUGGCAGGUGCCAUUUUCUUGGUCGCCAUCAAAGGUUUAGGCAAGUCGCCUUCCCUCACACGACAGAUGCCGGCGGAGGAUCAACGGCCUGAGCAGGCCUUGCUGUACAUCCUCUCGAAUUAUCGAGAUGCGGUGCCGACGGUACGAGAACUUUCUUCAAAUGCUCAGGAAUCCGUCUAUGGCAUUCUGGAACUCCAGAAAUCGUUCAACUUCGCGCAGAUGUUGCAGGGUGAAAAUGUGCCGGCCAACGUGCUCCAGUUGCGCCGGGGAAUCACCUCUCGAGGAGGGUUGGGGUUGCUGCAGUUCUUCGUGCUCUACUUGUUGGGCUUCAUGAGUGGCCUUGCUGGCGGCAAAGGAUCACGUUUCAUGACGAGUCUCAAUGCCACCGCAGUGAUUCGGGGGUUGAAUCUGAUGAAGAAUGUUUUGAUUGAUGAGCCUUCGCCAUUGUAUUGGACAUACAUCCGCGAGAGGAGUUAUGAGCUGCUGAAGCACGAGGCGAGCGAUUCCAACAACUUGGCACAGGCACGAUUGGCAUGUCUCUGUCGCACCCAAACUCACGAGGACUUCCUGCGGCUGCAGAAAGCUUGGCAGAAGCUGAGCAAGGUGCAACAAGCAGAACUGGCGCUUCUCUUGCUGGCGGAUGGCAUCUCCAAUCAGGCCAUCGUUUGCGAGUUCUUACCCCUUUGCCUGGAACGUGCCAAAGCGAACCCCUUCGUCACCGUCGGCACCUUUCUCGAGGUGUUGCUGGAUUUGAUGCAAGCCGUUCGGGCUGCCACCAAGAAGAAGAAUUGGAUGGUUGUGCAGGUUGAUUUGAACGACUUGGCCGCCUUUGUUUUAAUGGUCAAGAACAGCUACGUCUUCCAGAGCUGCUUGGUGCGUUCCAAGCUUCGCUCCACAUCUAGCCGCAUUUACCUGGACAUGACUCAAGAGAACUGGCGACGCGUCAAUGAGCCUCAAAGCGAUACAGUGGUCAUCGCCCGCGGCUUGCAUCACCUGGUACGAAGGCACAAGAUGGAGGAACCUAGUGAGGCUUGGGCAAAUGCGCCGAAAUACAACCGCUCUCAGCGUUUAGUGAAGAUUCAGAUCUAG